CCUUAGGUUCCCAUAAGUUCAAAAAAAUAACAAGAAUAGUUAGAUACCUGGUUUUACUAUAAGAAUGAGUGGAGUAUAUUGUGGAAGGGAACAAUGUUAAUAAUUUUUCUGUGUAUGUGCUACGACAACUACUUUUAUUGUUCUCUUUGUAUAUGGACAGCAAUGCCUGAGUCACGUAGUGAAAAUUGCUCAAGCUCAGGAAAGUCAAUAGUUGAGUACCCAAUUUGUUACUGUGGAAUUAAAGCUUGUCAAAGAACUGCGCAUACGGAGGAAAAUGAGGGGCGGCGAUUUUUUGAAUGCCAAAACUAUAUGUCUGGGAAGUCUUGUGGAUACUUCUGCUGGUAUGACCCUGAAAUACCAUCAUAUUGCCAAAAAACUAUCAAACGAUUACAACACUCAAUUGAUAAAUUAAAACUUGAAGUUGAAAAGAUCCAAGCAUCAAUGGAUAUCCAAAGCUUGAAUCAUCGACUACAAAUAGAGUCCGAGAAGCGCAAGAGGCAAAUGGAGAAGGCUACCUACGUGACACUAAUUUCAUUGUCGUGGUUUUUUUUUGUUGGGUUGCUGAUAUCUAGUUGUGGUUGGUUCAAGGGGAAAUGUUAAUAUAGUUGUAGAAGU